GUACCGUAAUCAUCUUGUACACAUGGAGGUCAAACUCAUUGUUUUCUUUUGUUUUUGUUUUCUUCCUACUUUAAAAGGUCUCUCUCUGGAUAAGAGGUUCCUGGGACUGUUCGGUCUCUCGGUGUCCAAUCCUGCGGAUCUUUCCGGGCUUUACAACAUUAAGGUUCCCGGAGACGCCACGGGUUAUCUUGACAUCAGCCAUCAACAGCAAAGCGCGGGCGCAACCGGAACCGGUUAUGUUCAACAUCAAGGACAAAACGGUCCCGGAUCGUUUACCAUGCAAUCCGGCAGUUCCGGUGUAAAUACUUUACCUGGUAAAUGUGACCAGGUCAUAACAUCUCUAUGUCCUGUGGAUUGCAAGGAAAUUGAUGCCGUGACUGGAUGUGUCACGUGUAAAUCUGGAUGCGGAUUAAAUACCAACGCUCCAACAAGCAGUCCGGUCAAGAUACCAUCCUCAACGACAGCCUCGCCGAUGUGCCCUGCUUUUCCUCCCACCUGUCCGAGAGGUCACGUGGCUAUUGUUAACGGAUGUCCUAUUUGUACAGCUCACCUAACAACGACACAACAAACUACAACAGCGCAGGCGCAACUGACAUGCGCACCAGUCAGAUGUACAGCACCGUGUAACAAGGGAAUCAUGCUGGGAGCUGACGGGUGUCCAGCCUGUGUUUGCUGAUGGCAUAGUUAUUUCUGUAUUGGGGCAUGGCAAAUUUUAAUUCAGCAGUAAAGUCAGUUUUGAUGU